GUCAAGCCCGGAAAUCGAGAGUAUGCUCUAUUGCCAGGCAAUGUGCCUAUUCCUGCUUAACUUUGCUUGCGUUUCUCGGAGCCACAUAAUCAUGAUAGGCGACACGGGUCCUGAUUUGGCUCGUUUGUAUGAGCCAGCAGGCGAAAAAAGGGAGACCAUUGGUGAAGGAUCGUCCGAAGAGUUACCUUGUGAUGCCGCUCAAAAGUCUUGUGGCCUUAACCAAAAGAACGCCAAGAGCAAGGCUUCCAGCAUUGCUGUUAAGGCCGCCCUGGACGCCAAGGCGGCCAAUGACGCCCAGAUGGCCGCCGGAGAGGCAGCCUCUCUCAAAGUGAAAGUGGAACUGGCCGAGAAGGCGGUCCAAGCAGCUCGAGCGGCCGAGGCAGCUCUUGCGGGCAAACAGCAGAUCAUGGAGCAGUUGGAGCUGGAGCAAAAAGAGGCGGAUGCGGUGGUCUGUGAGGUUCGGAGCUCAAUCCAAAGCACGCAGGCGAACGCAGAGUCUGCCAUGAAAGCACUUAGCGAUGCCAAGACCCAGCUGGAUCAACUUAAAGUCCUUGUGACUGAGGCUACCGCUCAAAUGGGAAACAUCGAGGUUUUCGCUAAUGGUGCCCAGAUGGAGCUGGACGAAAAGGGGCAUCUGCUGGAGGCUGCCAAUCGGAGAAUGGAGUGCGUCUACAGGCAGGUCCUCGCUGCCAGGCAGGAUUACGACAAGACCAAGAAGGCUGCCUACAAGGCGGCUUGUGCGGCAGUGGAGGCCAAGCAAAAGGCUCAAAGGAUGCAAAGGGAAAUCAGCUCCGCCUCCCUUCAAGCUAAAAACGAUCUCUACUAGACUGGUGGUCUUGUGAAGUGGAUGCCAUGCAUAAUCAUUAUAAGUGAUGAAAGGGAUGAUAUGAUUAUUAAAACUUGUAUUUGUUGAGGGUUUUUAAUGGUCAAUUACCAAUGUGUUU